GGGUGUGAGUGAAGCGUGUUCGAGCUUUGGAAGUUGUGGUUAUUUUAAGAAUCCAUCUGGAUGGUAUUUGGGAGAUGAAGAUACCUGGUGUUGUUUGACUUUCGAAAGUAGGCUCUAAUGUCCUGGCAGUGAGAAAAUAGCUGGUUUGAAGAUGGAAAGCCCGGCUGCCUCUGCACAGGUAUCAUAUUCUGGUGCGAGCAAUGGAGCUGAUCGUCCAUUGCCCCCUACCCCAGAUUCGGAGUUGGAUUUGUAUUCUGGAGGUGAUGACGAGAUAAGCUAUCAGAGGAGCUUUCCUUAUACUUCCAACACAGCCAACAUCGGCGGCAGUGAAGAACGAGAAUCUUAUGAAAGCCAGGGCGAAUCAAGUCGCUCAGCGUCUCAUGCCAUUGGCGAGGACGUUCCAUCAUCUGAACGAGUUUGGUCUGAUGUUAAGGAUGGUGAGAGAAACUCAAGGCCACCUUCUGAGGAGCUAGUGGGUCCUGCAGGCGCAAGUCGCUCGUCGACUGAAUUCGCGCCAGAUCCAUCACAAAACAACGAUCUUCCUUCGAACAAUUCUACGCAUACAAACAGUUCUCCGGAAAAUCCGCAUUCAAACUCUGACACAGAAGACAAUAUGCCGUUUCCGGGUCGUAACCAACCUAGAGGUUCGAGACGUGUUCGAAUCGAAAUGCUCCCGGGCACAGUCAACUACAACAUGAAUCAAGGUCAAGCAAAUCCGCAAUACCAAGUGAUUGGAGAGCCUGAAAGAGUUGUUCUACCUAGAUGGCAACCAGACGCUGAAGUUACUACGUGUCCUAUCUGUAGAUCUGUAUUUGCCUUCUUUAACAGAAAACACCACUGCAGGAAGUGUGGCAAAGUGGUUUGCGCUGCGUGCUCCCCACAUCGAAUUACUAUACCUCGAGAAUACAUUGUGAGACCUCCUCCAGGAGUGUAUGCUUCACCACCACAUCGAUCUCGACAUUCUGUAGCUUCGAUCAGCUCAGGAGAAGGCAACAUCGAAGCUGGCGAGCGCGUCAGAUUGUGCAAUCCUUGUGUUCCAGACCCCAAUACGGCCCCGCCUCAAGUAUCACCACCCCCAUACUCUGUAGGCCCACACGCGAACAACGAGCGCGCAGUUAGACCGGAGGAUCGACUCCCUAGCUUUGCAGAACACCGACUAUCUAGACGUGAGAACAGCUAUCGGCCCCGGCCAAAUGCAACACCGCUCCUACCAGACCUUGCAGUGCCAUCAGAUGCGGUUACCCAUCUUCUUCGAGGCGUUCAAAUCGCAGAAAACCCGACGCCUUCUCAGAUGGUUGGGAAUCGUGCUCCGCGUCCACUACCAUUCAUGCAUUAUUCGGAUCCACGGAGAACUAUGUCCCACCGGAACCGACCAGAUGAGACGGAUGAAGAGGAGUACCCUAAUCAACUCAACCAUGUUGCCGUAGCUUCAAGCCAACCUAGGUUUGCCAGCCCCGAUCCUCAACCCAUGCCCCAGGCUGCUCCCCGGCGCGCUGUACCGGAAGAAGACUUAUGCCCGAUAUGCCGCCGGGAGUACCCUACCUCAUUGCGAGACAAUCCUAGCCAACAAGAGUCACACAUCCAACGUUGUAUCGAGGAGCAACUUACGAGAGUCCAAGGCCAUACAGCACAAGCAGGAGCAGGAGCUCAACACCCAGGCCAGUUAGCUAGAAUAUCCAGUGGAACUCGACGAGGUAUGACCAAAUAUACAGCUACUGCUAGAGAUGCUAUCAAUGGGGAUGAAUGUCAGAUCUGUCUUGACGAAUUCUUUCCAAGCCAAGAAUUGGCGCUUUUGACUUGCUUCUGCAAGUUCCAUCCGGAGUGCAUUCAAGGCUGGUGGGACAAAGGUAAUUUCGGUAAAUGCCCUACCCAUGAUCACGGCUUGUAGAUUGGAGGUGUUGUCCUGUGUUAUUCGAUGGUCUCUCUCCAAUGAUUUACACAUCUGUUUAUUUUGUGGUUA